UACUGAAACCAUCGCGGUUGCUUUGAGGUUCGUGACCAAUGGUACACGACCUCCUCUAUAAACUAGAGGGGGUCAUGUUCAGUGGUAACAAACAUGAGCUUACUCACCUUACAGAUCGGCCAGUGUGGCAAUCAACUGGGUUUUGAGUUCUUUAACGUUUUGGCGCAAGACGUAGGCGUUGGUGAGCCCGAGUCGUGCCGCGACAGCGAGUACUACAGCGCGUCGGUAGAGAGGUUUUUCACUGUUGACCGCCAAGGUGGCCUUAUUGCUAGUGCCGUCCUGGUUGACACGGAAAGAAAGGCCGUCGGCAGAGUGUUGAAGGAUGCCUGCUACAGCGACAAGUGGCACUACGCCAGUGGUGCAGCUUACACGAGUUCACAGGGUGCUGGCAACAACUGGGCACUGGGUUAUUUCGAACAAGCUGAGAAAGGCAUGGACGAGAUCUGCAACCUUGUGAGGCGCAAUGCCGAGCAACGGGACUGGUUGGAGGGCUUCCUGCCCAUCUUUUCUCUUGCUGGCGGGACAGGCAGCGGUUUGGGAACCAAACUCACAGAGACCCUGAGAGACAACUAUCCAAAGACUCCUGUUGUAACAGCGGUGGUGUGGCCAUUCAAGUCUGGAGAAGUGGCAGUGCAGGCGUACAAUGUGCUGCUGUCUCUGGCACAUUUACAAGAUUCUGCAGAUGCCCUGCUUGUACUAAGUAAUGACUCUCUGCACCGAGUAGUCACCCAGCGGUGGGCACUUCGUAGCGCCUCUCUGGUUGAGAUGAAUGCAUUGGCUGCCAGACACUUGGCUUGCUUGCUUCAACCCAGCCAAGCCAAGUAUGGACCAUUCAAAUACCUUGGAGACGUUGCUGCUGAUUUGGGAUGUUUUGGAUCUGUGAAGCAAGUGAGUCUGCUGCAGGUGCCCCAGGAGCCACCUACAAUGACAGCCUUCAGCUGUAGCUCCUGGCAGAGUCUGGUGCGGGCGCUCAGCAAGAUGCAGCACUGCCACAGUGCUACUGAUGAAGCCAUGGGCACUGAAAACAGGCCUCUUACAUGUGUCGCCUCACUGGCUGUUGGACGGGGUGAAGGGCUGUCAGCCCUCAACGCCACUGACCUUGCCCCUCGCCGCGUACCUUUUGUGGAAGAAGGUCGUGAGUUUAAUGUAUGGAUGAAUCCUCACAAAUUUAUGGGUUCCGCUCGUACCCUGUUGCUGGCUAGCAACAGUGAUGCCUGUGUUCCUGAGUUGGACUUGUUAGUAAGUCGAGCAUGGUGCCGAUUCACAAAGUUCGCCUACCUUCAUCACUACACACAGCAUGGACUGCAGGCCGAGGACAUGUACGAUGCAUUUUUGCGAGUUGAACAAGCCAUUUCUUACUACAAACAACUGUCUCAAUAAAAAAGUCAGAAGUUGAGUCAUUUGGUACAUGUGCAAGCUCAACAUGCUGAAAACUUGCCGCGGUGUAAUAAUAAAAAUAUGAUCUCUAGCAGCCUUCCAGCAAAUGUGUAGAUGCCAUCAAAAGAAAUUAACUUUCUUAGAUGGAAGGAUAUCAUAAGGUAAGUUGCGUCUUCAUUAUAUUUCUGCAUUGGCUUUCAGACACUUUUUUUUAUUAUGUAGAGGUAUUUCUCGUAACCACCCACUGAAAGUGCACAAGUUUUCUGCUAGAAUUAGCGUUUUUAAAAUAUUCAUUUUUUUUCACAAUCAAUACAGCAGGGGAACAAACUAUCUCAAGAAAUUGUAGCUGCUUCCAGGGAAACAUUCAUCGUUGUGCUUUGAAGUCGCAUUUUUUCGUAGCCUGAUUUCACUUUCGUUUGUUCUUUCUAGCAGUCUAAGCCUAAAUUUGUUUGUUUUAGUGAUCUCUGCUGGCAUGCUUGUGUGUGUUUAUGCAUAAUUUGCUGUGUAUUUUCCUACAUGUCAAUUCUCCUUUUUUUCAUUUUGUUUAUUGUUCUGAAAUGUAUUACUUUGUAUACGUAUUUUAAAUAUGUAUUUUAAAUGUUAUCUCCCUCCUGCACUAAUGCCCCACAUGGGAUCCUGUAGGUAUUGUAAAUAAAUAAAUAAAUAAAUAGGAGCUUAGUUAGUUCUAGCCUCCUUUUGUAUAGUACUCAAUUCAGCUGUAUAAAAUAUUCAAAAAAUCACCUACCUUGAAAGCAUUGUGUGGGGCUUUAGCAAAAAUACUUUUCUCCUUGAACAUCUUGUGCUUUGCUAUUCAUGAAUAAUGUCCCAUGUUUACACCUUUAACUUGUUUGUUAUGUACUAGCUCCUUAGUUAGAGUCGUAAAGAGCAUAAAAUGCGUGAAAACAUGUCACUACUAUAUAUAUAUAUUUUUUUUCUGAACAUACUUAACCAUCAUUUAUUUUUUACUUGUAUCUAUAAAUUAUAUUUAGUAUCAAGGUAUAUAACCAAAGGUAAUUUUUCUACAGUUUCAUGUUCCAUUUGACACAAAAUUCAGACAUUCAGCCUGUGGUUAUAGUUGCAACAUCACUUCAAAAAAAGUUAGGUGAUGCUUGCAUAAUGGUGUGAUUUGGUAGUCUGAAUGCAUUAUUUUUAGGGCAACAGCCUUGUACGUCACGCAAGCAUAAAAUAUUCAACAAAGUUGCUGGCAAUAAAAAUGGUU